AUGAUUAAUAUUGCCGGCGUUGUCAGCAUCGUGCUGUUCUACAUCUUGAUCCUUGCGGUCGGCAUAUGGGCGGGCCGGAAGAAGGAGGCCGGAAAUGACUCGGAGGAGGAGGUGAUGCUGGCCGGUCGGUCGAUCGGUCUGUUCGUCGGUAUUUUCACCAUGACCGCCACGUGGGUUGGUGGUGGCUACAUCAACGGAACGGCCGAGGCGAUCUACACCUCCGGGCUGGUCUGGUGUCAGGCUCCGUUCGGUUACGCGCUGAGUUUGGUAUUCGGUGGCAUCUUCUUCGCCAAUCCGAUGCGCAAGCAGGGUUACAUCACCAUGCUGGAUCCGCUGCAGGAUAGCUUCGGGGAGCGAAUGGGAGGCCUCCUGUUCCUGCCGGCCCUGUGCGGGGAGGUGUUCUGGGCGGCGGGCAUCCUGGCCGCCCUCGGCGCCACCCUGUCGGUCAUCAUCGACAUGGAGCAGGAGACCUCGGUCAUCCUGUCGGCGUGCAUCGCCGUGUUCUACACGCUGUUCGGCGGCCUGUAUUCGGUGGCGUACACCGACGUGAUACAGCUGUUCUGUAUCUUCAUCGGGCUGUGGAUGUGCAUCCCGUUCGCGUGGACCAACGACCACGUGAAGAGUCUGUCGUCGAUGGACGUCGACUGGAUCGGCGAGAUCGGCGAGGGCUACCACUGGUUCUACGCGGACUACGGGUUGCUGCUCAUCUUCGGUGGCAUUCCCUGGCAGGUGUACUUCCAACGGGUGCUAUCCAGCAAAACGGCUGGCCGAGCGCAGGUCCUCUCGUACGUCGCCGCUUUCGGGUGCAUCCUGAUGGCCAUCCCACCGGUGCUGAUCGGUGCCAUCGCAAAAGCAACGCCCUGGAACGAAACCGACUACAAGGGUCCGUGGCCGCUGACGUCGCAGGAAACGAGCAUGAUUCUGCCGAUGGUGCUGCAGUAUCUGACGCCCGACUUCGUGUCCUUCUUCGGGCUGGGUGCCGUGUCCGCCGCCGUCAUGUCCUCGGCCGACUCGUCCGUCCUGUCCGCCUCGUCCAUGUUCGCGCGCAACGUGUACCGACUGAUCUUCCGGCAGCGUGCCUCCGAGAUGGAGAUUAUCUGGGUCAUGCGUGUAUCCAUCCUGGUCGUCGGCGUGCUGUCCACCAUCAUGGCCCUCACCAUACCGUCGAUCUACGGACUUUGGUCGAUGUGCUCCGAUCUGGUGUACUGCAUACUGUUCCCGCAGCUGUUGAUGGUGGUUCACUUUAAGCAUCACUGCAAUACGUACGGCAGCUUAGCGGCGUACAUAAUCGCGUUUAUGGUACGGCUUUCCGGUGGCGAAACGAUGCUCGGUCUGCCCGCACUGAUCCACUAUCCGGGCUACAACGAAGAAACCGAAACACAAAUGUUCCCCUUCCGCACGAUGGCCAUGAUCAUGAGUCUGGUCACGCUGGUAGGAGUGUCCUGGUGGACGAAGUGGGUCUUUGAAACGGGCCGACUAGCGCCGCACUACGACUACUUCCGCUGCGUGGUCAACAUUCCGGAGGAGCUGCAUCGGGUCGGUGAACCGUCCGAUUCGGGCGAACAGCUUUCGGUGAUGGCCGGUGGCAUGACGCGCAUGUACGGUGCGGCCACGAUGGUCGGCAAGGACGAACGGAACGGGCGAAUAAAUCCUGCCCUCGAGCCCGACGAUGAUCUGCCGGUGGCGGAAGCCCAACGCCAGAUACAGCAGUCCGUGGGCGGAGGCGGUGGGUUCGCGGGCGGUCAGGGCAGUGUCGUACCUGGCAGUGGUCCCGCCCAGGCCCAUACGGCAUUUUGA